AUGAUGGACCCACGCCCCGUGAAGCGCCGCUGCGGCCGAGGAAGCGCCAUGCUCAUCGGCCUCGCCGAGGAAACCCUCAUGGACGUCUAUCGCUGCCUCGAUGGGCGGUCGAUCCAGCGUCUCUCAUCGACCUGCCGGUCGCUCCGAGGCUUCCUCGACGCGCAAUGGAAGACCUUGUUCACGCGCUACCUUGGCAUUGAGUUCAACAUGGAUGCAGCAUGCUGGCGCGAGUAUCUCAAGCGCUUCUACUGCGCGAUGGAGAAGCGCUGCUGCGUGUGCCUCAUGGAGGGCAGCCCUGCGAUCCGGCCAUGGCAGUUCAUCAACCUCUGCGACGACCACCGUAAGCAUGCCAUCAAGAGCGUGUUGAUCAGCAAGACGUACGCCAAGGAGCAGUUCUCGCUCAACGACGCCGACCUCGCGCCGUUGCAGUUCAUUCUCCGUGGUCGCAUGAAACUCUUUUUGGAGUCGGAAGCAUUGUACUGCGCGCUCCGCAAGCAUGGUGGGCACGGCGGCCUCAAGAAGAUCCAAGACAAGAAGAUCAUCCGCUGGGAGAAGCGCCAAGCGAUCAAGGAGUUUCGCGGGCGCCAGGUCGAGCUCGCGCUCGCGGACGAAGGCGUCUCGAUGAGCAGCGUCUCGCCCGAUUUUUGCACGACGUACGCCGACUUUAUCACGCAGCCCAAGAGUAAGAACUCGUUGAAGACGGUCGUGCGAUGCAUCACGGGCCACAUUCUUCGGGUUCCCGAGCAGUCGACGCGCGAGGCGCUUCGAUUGGACGCGCUCCGAAAACACAUGCAACAAAUGGGACAGUCGACGCAGUUUGACCCGACAUUGCAGUGGGUCAUCGACUACGCGGUCUCCACGGACGUGAACUUGACCCCGGCAAAGGCGUUUUCCAAGGCGGCAGCCGAGGCGCUGCGCAAGGAAGAGCUCAACGCACUUCUCGACCAGCGUGGCCUGCCGCACGAUGCGUGCGUCUCGGUCUUUGGCGACACGAUGACGAGCUUCAUCGAGCAAGGCGAGCUCAAGAUCGGAUUUGGCCAGUACAUCAAUACCGCUGCGCAAGUGGCUUCUGUCGUGGACGCCCGCGCCAAGCGCCUCCAAGACGUUCUCGACUACAUGUUUCCAAACCGCAUGCACACGACUGACGAGGGCACGAUGAUCUCGACCAUUUUCAGCAUUCGGCCGCUUCACGCGUAUGUGCUCGACGGCGUCGUCCGCUUCUUUGGCGAAGUGCACGUCGCAGCGCAGAGCGUGGUCGAUCACUACAUGAGCAUCAUGCGCCGGCAAGGCCAGUACGAGGCCAAGAUCGUGCAGUGGCUCGACCACCGCAAGAUCUCCAUGUCCGCUAUCGGGAUCGAGAAGGGCUUCCUCGCCAACUGCAUUGCGGAACGCGGCCUCACGUCCAAGUCCGUCGAGAGCAUGCUCCGCCAAGUGCUCGACGAAAGUACGCGGACGUCCGAGCUUCUUGCGGCGCUGCCGUCCUUGACGUUCGACUCGAAGGAGAUGCAAACUGCGAGCGUGCAGCGCUUCAUUCAGCACGGCUACGUCAUGCUCAACCGCUCGUUCUUUAGCGACGUCAAGGCGUUUGCACAGGCGCUCUGGAAACAGUCCAGCGAUGUUGCCGACCGGCGCCGAAAGCUUCGUGGCGCGCUCCAGGCGAUGGGCAACGCCGUCACGGGCAUGGCCGGAUACCUCGACAUGGACAGCAGCGCGUACCACGUCUCGGUGUUCCGGGUCGCCAACGAGUUCAUCGAGCAAGGCGGCGGCAACCUCGACGACGUCGCGAAGCGGACGUUCGCCAACAUUCAGCACGAAGUGCUUCUCUGGAAGGCCGUGGAGGCGCUCGGCCUCUCUAUGCGCAUGUACCACGAGUGCUUUGUGACGCUCGGCGACGCACUUGUGCGCGAGUUCAUCCAUACCGGGUCGGUUUGGAUCGAGGGGUGGCAUUCGCGCAGUGCGAAGAAGCUCAUCUUGUACUUGAUCUUUCUCUACAAGUGCCCCACGCACCACAACGUGGUCGUGCGCGAGAUCCUUCGCGUCUGCCUCCAGAACGCACAGCUCGGACCCAAGGUUCCGCCCGCGCUCGGCGCCAAGUUUGUCCUCAUUUGCAACGAGACGCGCCUCCGCGUCGAAGCGAGCUGCUUCACCAACACAUGGAAGAACGUGGUUACCGUCGUCGAGGCCCACGUCAACAAGCACGUUCGGCAGGAAACGCGCUUCAAGGCGUUGCAUGCUGCCCUCGUCCAGCGCCAAUGGCCCCUUCUGGCGUACAGCACCUUGGAGCUCAAGCUCGUCUACCUCCAAAACGGUCUGCCGUGCUACUGCGGCGUCGAGGUCACGACGAUGGACCAGCUCGUCGACGUUCUCAUCGACAUGCACUGCAACGCGUCACGACGUCAAGAUGCGCUCGAGUCGGCGUGGCGAGCUGCUGGUAUCCCGCCGUGGACGUCGUCCAUCAACGUCCACGCCUCUUGGCUCUUUUCGGCUUAUGUGCGCUGCGGCUCUGUCAUGCUUAGCGAGGACACCUCUCUCGACUCGAUCGCGGCCGUGACCAAGCAUGUCAUCGAGUCCAGUGCGUACGAGCGCCAGAUGCAGCUCACCAACGCGCUCGUUCACUACCACUUGGAGCUCCCCGCGGUGGUUGCCGACCUCGAUGCGAGCGUUGGUACGACCAUCUUGGAUUGGGUUCAGUAUGGCACAGCGACACGCUCGCUCAAGGCGACGUCCGUGCCAAGCACCGCGCACGUGCUUGACUUUAUUUUGGAGCACGCCGUCAACGUCUAUGGCGUGUGCAAGGGCUGCGCGACGCCGUGUCGCACGUCGGCCAUUGUCGCGUGUGCGCAGUGCGACUCGGCGCUCUGCCCGUCGUGUCUCGGCGCCUGCGCCGUUUGCAGCCGUGCGCUCUGCAGCCGCUGCACGACCCUCGACGCCGACACCGUCUCUUCCCGCUGCAUUGGCGACUGCCUGUCUUCGAUUAUUUAUUGA